AUGACCGGCGUCGGCGUCGGCGUGGGCGUGGGCUGCAGCUCCACCUGCGAGCGCCGGAGACACGUCCCCGAUCAGAGUACACCGCUGCUGGCGGGAGUGGCCCCGCUGGGCUCCACGCAGUCUUCUCUGGGCUCGCUGCACGCCCACGCCGUCCCGCCCUGUGCGUCGAGUGGCUGCCCGCUGGGCGCGGCCGGAGGCGGGGACGUGUACGCGAGCGCGAUGACGGCGCGCGAGAGAGGACACUACGUCGCCUACGAGCCGCUCGGACAGUACACGCACCGAGACUCGUUGAGCGGCGAGGCGGCGCCGGGCGGGGCGACGUCGUGCGCCGGGUCGCUGCGACGCGGAGGCUGCGGGGGGCCGCUGCACAGUUUCACUCUUCCCGACAACGCCUCCGACCGCUCCACGCCCUCGCACUCCAAGGCGGGCAGCGUGAGGGAGACGUCGCCGUACAAGAAGAGCGCGAGUUCGUCGCCGGGCCGGCUGCAGCCGGGCGGGGUCGGCGUCGAGCUUGAGGGGCUGACGUCGUCGCGCUCCACGGAGCGUCUCCACCGGGACAUGCAGAACCUCGAGGGCCUCAUGAAGGACCUCUCCGCCAUCACGCAGCAGCAGUUCCAUUGCUAA